UUGGCGGUAUUGAAAGAGGAGAUAGUUUUUCUAAGAAGAGAAUAUACAGAAUAGACGGUAGGUUUGUUUCAUAUUUCGUUGACUGUCAUACAAAAUGUACGAGCUUACGGAAGGAGCGUUGGAUAAAAUUAUGAACGGCAUCGAGGUAGACAAGCCGAUAUUACAAAUACUGGGUCAUAAAAAGUUGGCUAGUUCGAAUAAUUUGGAGCGUUACAGACUGCUUGUAUCUGAUGGAAAGCGAUUGAAUUCAUUUGCGAUGCUGGCUACCCAACUGAAUGAAAUGGUAUCCAACAACAGUCUGAUAGAAUAUACUAUUUGUCAGAUAAACAGAUAUGCCAUGAGUAUGGUAAACAACGCGGGUAAACAGAAAAGAGUAAUGGUAAUAUUAAGCAUUGAUAUUAAAGUUCCUGGUGAAGAAGUUGGAUGUAAAAUUGGUGAUCCAACAAGUGAGGACAGUACUGAUUCUAAAUCAGGACAGUCUGUACAAUCUGUUUCAUCUGCUCCGCGAGCAGCUCCUCAAAAGUCAAGCACUUCGUUGCCAAAACAAAGUAUACAAAGUUCUUCUACCAACAACAUAUCAACAACUCCGAUAGUUGGAUUAAGCCCCUAUCAAAAUAAAUGGGUAAUAAAAGUUCGAGUCGUCAGCAAGUCUGGUAUCAGAACUUGGAGCAAUUCACGUGGCGAAGGGAAAUUGUUCUCUAUGGAUCUCGUGGACGAGACCGGAGAAAUUAGAUGUACAGCGUUUCGAGAUCAAGUAGAUAAGUUCUACGAUAUGAUCGAGAUCGGAAAGAUUUACUACAUUUCGAGAGCUACUUUGAAAACGGCAAACAAACAAUUCAAUCAUUUGAAGAACGAGUACGAAAUGACUCUGACCGGUGAUUCGGAAGUGAUUCCACAUCACGAAUCUGAUGAUGAUAGCAUUCCGUCGCUUCAAUUUAAUUUUGAGACGAUAGAUAAAAUAGAGACGAAGCAAAGUAACGAUAUAAUGGACGUUUUGGCCAUCGUGAAAAGUAGCGGCGAUGUACAACAUUUAACUUCCCGGAACAGCGGCAAGGAAUUGAAGAAAAGGGACAUUGAGAUCAUUGACGAAUCCAACACCAUGGUAGUCCUCACCUUGUGGGGAACAGAUGCGGAACAGUUCGACUCGAGCAACAACCCGGUUGUGGCUAUCAAAGGAGCACGCGUUGCCGAAUUCGGCGGAGGAAAGACUCUAUCGAUCUUUAGCUCAUCAGUUCUCCAAAUUGAUCCAGAUAUGCCACAGGCGCAUAGAUUGCGUGGAUGGUUUAACGCGGGCGGUCGUAACGAAAUGGUUAAAUCGCUUUCGAAGACGAUGGGCGCUGGAGCCGUAGACAUGAGCGGACCGUUUACUACAUUCGCGGAGGCGAAGAAAAAAGAAUUAGGAUUCCACGGUCACGCGGAGAUGUUCACUGUGAAAGCAACUGUUCAGCUGAUACGCGCUGAAAAUGCUAUAUACAAAUCUUGUCCCUCAGAGGGUUGCAAGAAGAAAUUGAUCGAUCAGUCGAACGACAUGUAUAGAUGUGAGAAAUGCAAUAAAGAAUAUCCGAAUUAUCGGUAUCGUUUGCUCACGCACAUGAGCUUAGCAGAUUGGUCUGCUAACCAAUGGGUGACUGCGUUCAGCGGUGAGGCGGAAAAAAUAUUGGGCCUCACGGGAGAGGAACUCGGAGAAUUAAAGGAGAACGAUAACGACGCGUAUCUUGACAAAUUUAGCGAAGCUGCGUUUAGAAGUUUUGUGUUUAAGUUGAGAGUUACCAUGGAAAUGUUCAAUGAUGAAAACAGAUUAAGGUUUACGGUCGCCGGUGUAGCUCCCGUCGAUCAUAAAGCAUAUAACAAACAAUUAUUAUCAAAGAUCAGUGAAAACAGCGGCAUCGGUAGAGCUUGAGACUGUCUCAUUAUUUCUUUGAGAUAUUUCAUUUUUACUAUAAUCUUAUACGUUUUGUUUAGUAAACGUUCCAAAAGUGUAUAAUACGUCGCAUUACGAACGACUUAUGAAACAUGUGUAAUGCUUAAAAAUUCACGAGCAGAAUGCGAAUCAAAUAAUAUUGUAAAUUAUUUAUCGUUAGCAUACUAAAAAAUUGUCAAUUGUCAAUUUAAUUUUUUUCUUGCAACUUCGUUGUGCUGAUUUAUGUAAUCUUUCGUUUUAAAUACGGUGAAAAAUACGUAAAUUAAUCGUGCAGCUUUGUUAUAUUGAAAAAUAGCAUUAUGAAUUUAAUGACAUGCGACUGUUACUUAUUCUGUCUAUUUUUAUAACAUUUUGCGAAAGAAAACUGCACACAAUAUUUUGUUCAAUGACGUUUACUGAAGUUGUACCAUAAGUCUAAUGAUUAUUGUUAAAAAAAAUUAUAGGAGUACCUCCAAAAGAACGUUUCGUGGAUUUGGUACUCGUGGAAACUGAUCCGAACGGCGAACUGAUAACCAAUAGCGAAAAAGAUCCGACGAAAUGGGGAGACUGGCAGAACGGCGGCCGCGUGAGCGAUUUCUAAUUUGAAAGUUUGCGUUUUGUAUUUUCACGAAAUUAAAUUAAAACAGAAGAUGCUAUUCAUUUUCUUAAAUUGAUAAAUUCAUUGUAGAGUCUAACUGAAUCACUAAAAUGUUAAUACAUAAUAAAUUGAGUAUAAUAGUACUGACAGUAUAUUUCUUUUACUUGCAGUAACUAAUAAAAUUUCUAGAAUGUUAUAUCUUUAUAAGUCGUUCUCUUCAAAUCAAGGAUUGAAGAUAGUCACGACAUCGGUUCCAGUUCUUAAAAUAGUUAUCGAGAACUGACAAAAUGCCUGUUAGACUGUUUUAGAUACAUCAGUUCUACUAACAUCUAGCAUGUAAUCAUCAGAAUAUUUCCAUAAAUGCAUAAACGUCGACAGUCUAUUAAUAACAAUAAUGAUAUUUUUUCAGUUCUCCAUAACUUUUUCGGUCAGAACCGAUAUAUGUAUAAGAGUUUAAACCAAUUAUUUUCGGAACCGUCUCAGUCCCUGCUUGAAACAAAAACUAUCAGCUAAAACUAGAAACAAUUUACAGUUAAUCUAAUAUUAUUUUUAUAUGGAGAAAUGAAAGAUAAUACGUUCGAACUUCUAUUAUUACUUAUAAUAAUUGUAUACAUUUAAAGAGAAUUAAACGUUUGAUUUAUUCAA